AUGGCGAGACUUUCGCCGAUCUCGGACUCGCUGAGCUCCAUGCGGACGAACGCGUCAAGUAUCGUCGCCGGUGGUGCCUCCAGUCAAGGGCCACGUCACUUGGCCACGCAGAUCUGGGAUCCGAUACGACGUGAUCGGGCGUCGUGUUCGACUCGUGCCAGUCGCGCGUGGCGCCACGACGCUAGGGGAACGAGCUGCAGCCCAGCCCAGCUCAGCUCAGCCAAGUCGGCCGACCGACACACCGACCGAUCUCAAGGCGUCUUGGUCAUUGCUCACAUGAAGGUUUUCACGGUCCUCUCUUCCGUUGCUGCUGUCGUCGUCGCGCUGAGCUCGACGGCCGACGCCCAGCGACUUCUGCGCUCGGAGGCGUCAGCGCAGACGGACUCGACCGUCACCACCACGGACUUCACGACGCUCGGGUCCAUGGGCGGCUCCAGCUUCACGCCCGGCAACGUCGCGGCCGGCAGCAGCUUCGGCGCUCUGGACAAGGAAGGCGGCUCAAUGAACGACCACCGACCGUCGGGCUCCAUGCGCGGCGGCUUCGGCUCGGGCAACGGCAUGCACAACGUCGGAUCGGGCGACGGCUUCGCUCACGGCAGCGGCUCGUUCGGAGGAGGUCGCGGCGGAUUUGGCGGACACGGACACCACGGCAUGGGCGGCGGCUCCUUCUCGGGCAGCAGCUUUGCCGGCUCGUUCAGCGGCCACGGAGGCUUUGGGGGCUCCGGAUUCGGCAGUGGCCACGUCGGCGGGGGCUCGUUCGGCGGCAACCCGCCGUCCAUCGGCUCGGGUGAAGCCCCGACGGAGGGCUCGGGCGAAGGCCAUGCUCCGGCUGCUGCUGCUACCAGCUCGGUGGCUGCGUCCGGGUCGGCGUGA